AGCAACAGGUUUAAAUCCUGUCUGUGUACGGCUCUGCAAAGCUUGUUGAUAACGAGGGGCCUGAAACACUGACUCUGAGCCAUUUUUAUUUCAUGCAUUGUUCCUAAAUUUCUGGAGCAAUGAUAUUUCGGACAGUAGUAACACAUGCUAAGAAGCACCCUGGUCUCAUCCCACAGUUCUUCUUCAUCUGUUUGGGAAUGGGCGGGGCAUGUCUGUAUCUGAUCCGGUUGGCCAAAGGACCCCAUGUCAUCUGGAACAAGACCAACAACCCUGAGCCUUGGAAUAAACUUGACCCCACAUACCAGUACAAGUUUGUGGCCAUCAACACUGACUAUGAAAACCUGAAGAAGGAAGGACCUGAGUACUGAAUGUCUCUGGCCUUGUCUUGUAAACCAGAGUGGAAAAGUAACAGCAAAUCCCGAUCUAGGGUCAGAUUCACUCCCCCUCCCCCCCUUUAUGUCCUCACUGAACGUGGAAGGUGAAAUGGAUCCAAGAUCUGUAACCCUUUAGUGUCUCUAUACCUGUGUGAUGUUUGCAAAGCAGCCUGUGAUCUGGUAAAUGUGACCGGGAUUGUCAAAUAUGUACAUUUCCACUGCACCAGACAAGUGGUAUUGCAUUUCUAAGCCUAUUGAAUGCAAAUAAUGUGACACUAUACAUUACAGAAAACAAUUUUGUUAACCAUGCUGCUGCGUUUUAGAAGUUUCAGUACAUUAUUUUAAAUGUUUCAGACAUUAAUUGGUUUCUGUUCACCUCUGUAAGAUGUGAAUUUAACAGACAAUUAACAAUUGACAGACUCCUAAAAUCUGCUGUGUUAUGCAAAUAACAGGAGUCUCCUAAUUGUUUGGAGACUGCACAGAAAUAAGUGGAGACAAGUAGCUGCCUGGAGCUGAGAGGGAAAAUACAUCAAACAAUUUAAAACUGCAAUGCAUGCAUCUAAAAAUGGUCAUCAUAAUUGUAGUUAAAGGAGCAGCAUGUGGGAUUUAGCGGCAUCUGUUGGUGAGGAUUGCAAAUUGCAACCAGUUGAAGCUUCUCUUAAACACAAAUACUCAGUGUUUGUUUGUUUUGUCUGUCCUGGGCUACUGUAGUGGCAUGGAGGAACAUGCAACAUGGCACACUCCGUGGACAAAGACCCGCUCCUAUUGUAGCUAUAAAGAGCUUGUUCUAAUGUUGUGUUCAUACCCAGCGUGAAUAAAGCAAUCAGCACGAGUGAAUUACAUGUAAAGUCAAUGUAAAGACGUGAUUAUACGCGAAUUCCCACCGAGCAGCAUGAUUGACACAUGAUGGACACUAUGGGAAUGACACAAAAUACAAGAAUUAAGCAGCGCAAAUAAAGCAAAUAGCGCGAUUGUCACAUGCUUAUUUCCGAAGGUUGAAAAAUCAGAACUUCAGCAACCCAUUAGUGCUUCAGGGACGUAUGACGCCAAGGAUUUACCAGCGGAAGUUCAUUCAUCAAUUCAGCGAUUUCAUGAGUGCUUGACGCGAGUUAUUCGCAUGAAUGAAGCAAGUCAACACAAAAUACUCUAGCGUGCAAACUUGUGCGAGUAACAGGACGCAAAAAUUCUAAAAUUACUUGGUGUGAACACAACAUAAAGCAGGGAAACCACAUAUCAUAUUAUAUUCCAUUUCUGCCAGUAUGUCCCCCUAAAUCCUACGCAUUGGUCCUUUAAGGAGCUAAAACCUACAAACACCCUCUACUGAGGGUUGUUGUCUUCUUCUGCAGAUUAAAAUGUAUGUUUUCCCAUAUGUUCUGCAAGUCUGAAGCUUUAAGUAAGCUAACUUUCGAUAAAAUCUAAUUGGCCUGCUGCAGUGCAUGAUGGUCAAAUUAAUGUGACCUGACUGCAUGUGUUUCUUCAUAACUGGCACAUGUUGUUGGUUUAGCAGCCACUAACUUCAGCAAUGACUGUGUAAGUUAUGAUAUAAAAAUGAGGCGAUGUAUAAACUGGGCUGAAUUAUUUCAAUAAACAACAAAC